GAGAGCCUUGGGUUCGAUGAAAAGAACCAUGGUCAUAGUCAAAUUGAUUCGACUUGGCAACAGAUAAAUGUGAGUCCAAGAAUGAUAGAAGAAGAGAAAGAGCCUUCUCUUAACCUAAAAAAUAAAAAUAAGUUGCCUUCAAAUAAUGACUUCUUCCUACCUGACAUACACAAGAAGGCACAUUCUGCUUUCCCAAGCUUCAGCAACAAAAUUAGGAACAGAAACCUGGGUUUUGGUGAAUAUGACGACAAAGGUACGCAUAUACCUGGUAGAGACUCCAACAAGCCAGGUAUUGAAGUCGGGCUUUUUGAAAAACCACAUCGUAAAAACACUGAUCCUCAAGCAAAAGGUGAGAAAAAUAAUGGCUCUGAAGUAAAUAUUUCUCAUCCUAGGGAAGACCACAAGAAUGAGAUCACCGCGAUUUUUGAUAAUACUUACGAUCCAAUAGCGAAGAAUAUCUACAAAGAUGCUGAUAAUCAGGAUAAUUUAGACCCUGUGUUCCUAGAAGAUAAUGACAAAGAAGAAGAGAAAUCUGCAGUUUCAGAAAAGAAGAAAAAUACAAACAUAUAUGAGAUUAACUACAAUAAAAUUGGUGGGGAAACACUCAAGGAGAUUUAUGAAGUUAAGUACUUCCUCAUCUUUCCUGAUAUGCAGGCAAAACAAUUCUGGGACCUGUUCAUUACAAUCCUGAUCAUUAUUCUGUGCUUCCUUGUGCCAUGGAGACUGGCCUUCUUCGAUGACGAAGCUUCGCUUAGCUGGUUCAUCGCAGAUUCAGGCAUUGAUUGCUUCUUUUUAGUAGAUAUUGUGCUCAAUUUCUUCACUGUUUAUACUAACAGGUAUGAAGAUUAUGUGACGGAUCGAAGACUUAUUGCGCUGAAUUACCUUAAAGGAUGGUUCAUAUUCGACAUAAUUUCAAUCUUGCCUAUCGAAUACCUGAUUGGAGACACACGAGGUCUCAACGAUCUUGCUAGACUCGCAAGAGUUUUGAGGAUGUACAAGCUAGUCAAAAUUUUCAGAUUAGUGAAACAGAGCGGUAAGAUCCAAAAGUAUGCUCAAGAAUGGUUACAGAUCGGUAUGAUAGUGGAGAGAUCAAUUACCUUCCUGUUCCUUAUCGGAAUUACAACUCAUGUGUUUGCAUGUAUCUGGUACUUCUUAUCCAAAUGGUAUGAUUUCUCACAUGAUACAUGGGUAUACAGGACAGGAUUAGCAGACGCAACUGAUUUUAACGCCUAUAUAUACUGCUUUUAUUUCAUCAUUCAGGUGCUGACAACUGUUGGAUAUGGUGACAUUACAAUCCACUCUUCAACAGAGAAGCUCGUCAUCAUGAUAAUCAUGCUUGUUGGUGUAGUUGUAUUCUCAUUCGCCUUCGGUUCCUUGCUCUCUGCCCUGACCAACAUUGACAGCAGAGCUGCUAAGUUGAAAGAGAAGAAAUUUGAGCUGAAUUCUAUCAAGAGAAAAUAUAAUCUUCCAGAAGGUCUGUAUGAGAGAAUUUUUAAGUAUUUCAAAUUUGAAAUCGAGCAGGAUUCUAGUACAGAACUUUUUAUCCAAACGCUUCCUGUGGUGCUUAGGAACGAGUUAAUUCUGAUGGUAAAUAACCAAAUUAUCAACACUCUUUGGUUCUUCAAGACCAAGAACAAAGAGUUCUGUGCUGCUGCAGCUUCUCAUUUUAAGAGCACCAAAGCAUUUCAAGGAGAUUGUAUUUACGAAGAAAAUGAUCCAAUUUUGGAAGUAUUCUUCCUUCUUGAAGGCGAAGCUGGCUACACAAUCUCGAAGAAAGGGACCACUAUAGUUUAUUCAAAGAUCAAGCCUGGUGAGUUAUUUGGAGAUGUCGACAUGGCUUCACUAGAAGGAGGUCUGACUGAGGUCAGAAGACAAUUCACCGUAAAAGCAAGAGAAGAUUGUGAACUCAUUUUCCUUAAGAAAGAGUCAAUUGUAGAGCUUCAGAAGGAUUACCCAGUUUAUACCAAUGAGAUAUUUCAUAUAGUCAACUUUAGGAGAGAUCAGUUGCUCAAAUGUAAGGCUGUUGCUAAGAAACGCCUGCAGAAGGAAGUCAAGAUCAGCAUGAAGCGCUAUAAGACAGAGAAGAAGGAAGACUCUAUGCCUUUGAAACGGAUGGAUACUAUAAAGAUUGCUGAUCUUAAAUAAAGAAACAUUUAUUGAGCUUGAUGAACGUACAGAGAAGACUCAGAGUAUUAAUCUUUAUACAAGGAGAAGAGCUAUCAGAAUUUACGAUAACUUACAAAAAGUCAAGGAUUACACUACCAAAAUAAUCGCCGACUACAAAAAGAACUCCACAAAGAAGUCCAAAAUGGAAAUCCUCCUCGACCAAAUCUCAGUACUUAUAGCAGAACGAAGGAAGGAAAGGAACAAGAAGUUGGAAGAAGCGAGGAAUAGGCUGAAGAAGUUUAGAGAAAUGAUGAAAGCGAAGAGUGAGACGAAGGUGAAGGAGGAGGAAGCGAAGAGGAAGAGAGACCAGGAGGAGAGGAAGAUGCUGAAGAUGGAGGAUGUUUGUGGAAUUGUGUCUGGACAGGAAAUGAGAGGGAAGGUUCAGAAGAUUGUUUUGAAGAGGAAAAUAAUGUUGAAGUACAGAUCGAAAGUGAUGAACCAAAGUCUUGCUGAUAAAUGGAAUAUUCCUAUUGUGUAAGUUAGCCC